AUGCUCUUCUCGUUCACAGGUGGAAGCAUGUCCCAGGCUGGGGGGACCUCCAGUUUCAGUAUUGGCUCCAUGGGGAGUUCGGCCCAGCCCAGGACACUUGCUGGGUUGGCCUUCACUCCAGCCACACCGGCAGCCACUGGAGCAGGAACCACACAGCCAGCUGCUCCCGCACCCAGUGCUGUCACCACCAGUGCUGGACCCACACUCUUUGCUUCGCUAGCUACUGCUCCAACCUCAUCUGCUGCCACCGGGCUCUCCCUUGGUGCCCCAGCAACCACAGCUGGAACAUCUGGGCCUGGAAUGCUGGGCUUCAGCCUAAAGGUUCCUCUAGCAGCUUCUACCGCGUCCACAGCUACAUCCACCGUCACCACCACCACCAGCACCAGCAGCUUCUCCUUGAAUCUAAAACCCCUGGCAUCAGCCGGGAUCCCCAGCAAUGCGCCCACUGCCAUAACUGCUCUGUCUGGCCCCAGUGCAGCCACUGGGGUGUCCACCAGUCCCGUGAUGACCUAUGCCCAGCUGGAGAGUCUGAUCAACAAGUGGAGCCUGGACCUGGAGGGCCAGGAGCGGCAUUUCCUGCAGCAGGCCACCCAGGUCAACGCCUGGGACCGCACGCUGAUCGAGAACGGGGAGAAGAUCACCACCCUUCACCGCGAGGUGGAGAAGGUGAAGCUGGACCAGAAGAGGCUGGACCAAGAGCUGGACUUCAUCCUGUCGACCUAUGCCCAGCUGGAGAGUCUGAUCAACAAGUGGAGCCUGGACCUGGAGGACCAGGAGCGGCACUUCCUGCAGCAGGCGAGGAGCGCGAGAAGACCUACAAAGCUGGCCGAGAACAUCGACGCACAGCUGAAGCGCAUGGCCCAGGACCUCAAGGACAUCAUCAAGCACCUGAACACGUCCGGGAGCCCCGCCGACACCAGCGACCCGCUACAGCAGAUCUGCAAGAUCCUUAACGCACACACGGACUCCCUGCAGUGGAUCGACACCUCCCUGCAGAGGAAGGUGGAGGAGGUGACCAAGGUGUGCAAGGGGCGGCGCAAGCAGCAGGAGCGCAGCUUCCGGAUCACGUUCCACCCGGGCCACAGCGCCGCGGGUUCCCAGUGUGUUCAGUGGGGGAGUGUGCGGUUACUGUUUGCUAGCUUUUGUUUGCAAUGA